AUGAAUUUAAUUUGUGGAGUACAGAACACAGCUCUCAAACCUACAUUUGAUAAGGUGCUUAAGCCAAGUCUGAUACAGAUUUUGAAGCUGUGUAAAAGUUUAAUAGAACCAGUAGUACAUCAUUGUGGAAAGCAGUGGAUAGUGGAGUGCCGCAAGGUAGUGUGUUGCAUGGGGCCGGUACUUUUUAUUGUGUAUGUGAAUGAUAUCACAGAUAAUGUCAAAUCAAGCAUUAAAAUAUUUGCUGAUGAUACAAAAUUGUAUACACCAACUAGCAAGUCGGAUGUCCUCCAAAAUGAUAUUGACUCAAUUAUGAACUGGGCAGUAAAAUGGGAAAUGAACUUUAAUGUUGAUAAAUGUAAGGUGAUGCAUUAUGGUCAUGCAAAUCUUCAAAAACAGUAUGUUAUGAAUAACAAGACUUUAUCGGAUACUCAAGAAGAAUGUGAUCUAGGAGUUAUUUUUGAAAAAGAUCUUAAAUUUAGCAAACAUAUUUCUACUAAGAUUAAUAAGGCAAAUAGUAUUUUAGGCCUUAUUAACCGGUCUUUUGAAUUUUUAGAUGAAUACACCUUUGUGAAAUUGUAUACAGCUUUGAUUCGUCCUCAUGUUGAAUUUGCAAAUGUUGUGUGGAAUCCAUAUUUAAUAAAAGAUAUAUCAAGUCUAGAAAGACUUCAACAAAGAGCAACAAAACUAAUUUCAUCAUUAAAAGAUCUGACAUAUAUUGACCGUCUUAAAAAGCUUAAACUGCCAAGUCUAAUACAUCGCAGAUUAAGAGGGGACAUGAUUCAGACGUUCAAAAUAGUAAAAGGCUUAGAUGACUGUGUGUUUGAAAUUUUUUUUAGUUAUUCGGCAUCAACAAGGGGACAUAAUUUAAAACUAGAAAUGCCUCGUAGUAGAACAACUCAUUGCCUACAUCAGUUUUCCAGACGUGUAAUUAAGACAUGGAAUAAUUUGCCAAAAAAUGUAGUAGACUCAAAAAGUGUUCAUGAAUUUAAAAUAAAACUAGACCAACACUGGACCGGAGACACUCCAUAUAAAGUUUAA